GAAAAAAUAAAUUCAUUCGAUUGACGUUAGAAAGAUCAUUUUAUCGUCGCUACUCUAACUGGAAUCAUCGUAAUCAACUUUCAACAGUUAAUUGUUUUCAAUUAAAAGUUUAACAAGUUAGUAAACUUCAUCUCAAUUCUUGAAAACGAUAAACAUGUAAUUCAAGAGUUUGGUGUUGAUUCAAUUCGAAAUAGAUCAUCUUUAAAACAAUCUAUUUAAAAACAAUCAGCAAUUAUACGAAAGGAUUAAAAAAGAAAUUCGAAAUCAAUCUGAAAACAAUAAUCUAAUCUAUUGAUUGGAUUGGUGUUUUUUUUUCAUGAUAUUUGAUUUUCAACCUUAAUCACAAUGAGUACUUCUUGUAUUUAUCAUCUGUUGUCAUCAACGGGUUGCUUUUCAUCAUCAUCAACAACGUUUUGUGUCCUUUUAAUUGUUUUUUCAUUUGUGCCUAUCAUCAAUUGCAGCCAAACACCAACUCAAGUGAUACCAAGUGACUUAACCAGCUCAAUUCAUUCCUCGUCCAUAUUAUCACCUUCAUCACCUUCCUAUGCAUCGUUAUUAGAUUCAUCGCCAGCAUCCAUAUCGUUAUCCGCAUCACCAUUUGCCUUAGAAUCCACUGGAUCGCCAAAAACUACCGUUCAACUUGUCGCACCUUCGAGUUAUUCCCAAUCCUCUGAAUGUGCACUUGUCUUGCAACGAACCUACGUCGUCAAUGUUGCUCCCCAAGAGUCCAAUCGAAGUCCACUUUUUGCUGGUUUCUUAAGUGUCAUUAAACAACAAUCACCUGCAUUUUCUCCUGUUCCAACUGGUAAACAAGAGGAAUUGUGUAUUCGUUACACUGAUGUUGAAUCGGCGAUCCAAGAGGCCAAAUUCCGACGUAAUUACAUUCGGCCGAAUGGUCUUAAUUCCCUUGAACCACUUCCACCGAUAAUCUCACCCACUGCUGAACUCGCAUUAGAAGUGACCAAAGUCUUGGCUACUCAGUUUAAAUUGUCUCCUGAUGAGAUUCUUAAUGGUUUACCUUUGAUUGAUCUUUCACGAACUACACUUUGGGAUGAAUGUCCAGCUCAUGUUAAACCUAUUCCAUGUACCAUUGAACGAUACCGAACCUACACUGGACACUGUAAUAACCUUAAAACACCAUCAUGGGGAGUUACUUUUACCCCAUUCGUGCGUUACCUUCCUCCAGUUUACUCAAAUGGUAUCGAUGGUUAUCGACUUUCCGUUGUUGAUGGAUCACCUUUACCAAGCGCUCGUUUGGUUACAGCAACUGUACAUCGUGAUGUUGAUAGACCCGAUUCUGAUUUAACUAUUUUAAUCAUGUCAUGGGGACAAUUUAUUGAUCAUGAUUUAACUCUAGCAGCACCACCGAGAGAUGAAAAUGACCUUGAAUUUGACUGUUGUGAACUUCGUGAAAGAGGAACUGACCAUCCAUUAUGUGCACCAAUUAUAAUACCCGAAAAUGACCCAUUGUACAGUCCAUAUGGUAAACGAUGUCAUGAUUUUAAACGAUCUGUUGCUGGACAUCGUCCAAAUUGUGCUCUUGGACCUCGUGCUCAUGUAAAUACUUUAUCAUCACCAAUUGAUGCUAAUUUCAUUUAUGGUUCAACUGAUGCUUUGGCUAGACGAUUAAGAGCAUUUAAAGGAGGUUUAAUGAGGACUUGGGAUCGAUUCCAAGCCUAUGGAUUGAAACCCUUAUUGCCACCGGAAGGUGAUAACCCAGAGCGCGAUUGUACCGCUCGGCCUCGUCAUUUGUUUUGUUUCAUCGCUGGUGAUGAGCGUGUCAACGAGCAGAUCCAUUUGACCGUUUUGCACACUUUGUACGUUCGUGAUCACAAUCGUAUUGCCAACGCAUUGGCUCAGCUUAAUCCUCAUUGGGACGAUGAGAAACUUUUCCAAGAGACUCGACACAUUGUGGCCGCCGCUGUCCAGCAUAUCACCUUGAAUGAAUUCUUACCUCUUUUAUUAGGAACUGAAAUGGUUGAAAGAUAUAAUUUAACUGUCCAAGCCGAUGGUUAUCGUGAUGAUUAUGAUCCUAAUGUGCACAUUGGUCCUUCUCAUGCUUUCCAAACUGCCGCUUUCCGAUUUGGCCAUACAUUUAUCCAAGGAAUGGUUCGUCGUUAUGAUAAAUUUCAUCAAUUCCUUGGUGAAGAUCCACUUCACAAUUUACUCCGUCAACCUUUUAUCGUCUAUGAACCUGGUAAACUUGAUGAGCUUGUCGGUGGUUUGAUCAACACUCCCGCUCAAACUUUCGAUCCUUUCAUAACCCAAGAAAUAUCAGGUCGACUUUUCCAACCACCACACAAACCCUUCGGCUUAGAUUUACCUGCGAUCAAUCUUGAACGAGGUCGUGAACAUGGUUUACCAGGAUACAAUGCAUGGCGGGAAUGGUGCGGUUUAGGAAGAGCUCAAACAUGGCAAGACUUGGUCCCCGUUCUGCAAAAUAAUACCGCUUUCCUUUACUCACAGAUUUACAAACACCCUGAUGAUAUUGAUCUUUGGUCUGGUGGUGUCUCUGAGGUUCGUUUACCUGGAUCCAUAAUUGGUCCAACUUUUGCCUGUAUCAUUGCUCGGCAAUUUUCAAAUAUCCGACGAGGAGAUCGUUUCUGGUACGAUAGGCCAGGACUUCCGUCAUCAUUUACUCCUGAACAAUUGUACGAAAUUAAAAAGGCAACACAAUCAAAGAUUAUUUGUGAAAAUUCUGAUGAUAUUCCAACAAUUCAAACUUGGGUCAUGAGACAAGCUCAUCCAAUAUUUAAUCCUCGAGUUAAUUGUGAAGAUCUACCAAGUAUUGAUUUAAGAUACUGGCAAGAAGAUCCAAACACCGGAACUUUACUUUACCAAAGUAGAAAGUAAAAUCUUAUCCAAUCAUUUUCAUCAUUGGAAAAUCAAAUUUGAUUAGUGAAAACAAAUAUCUAAAUCUAUUGACCACAAAAUGAUCAAGUCUUUUUGACCUUCUCUCCGUGAAUGGAAACAUAAUUAUAGUAAUAUAAUCUUUAUCUUCUGUUAUUGUUUUCUCUUUUUUCUUUUUCUCUUCUAAUUUUCCCCGAAUUCUCUGUAUCAUCUUUUCCGACUUCUUCAUAGUUUCUCCUUGUUCAUUGUUUUGAUUUCAUUCGUUUGUCUUGUCCUUCUUUUCUCCUUCUCUAUCAAGCCAAUUGUAUUUCCAUGUUAAUUGUCACAUUAGAAAGAAAGAAGAAAAAAAGAGAUCAAAUUUUUCGUUAAAUAAUAUAAAUUUUGUUAUCAAAGAAAA